AUGGGAAGUAGUCAAUCAAGUCCUAGUUCCGCCUCGACGGCCGUGGCAACCCAGGCACAGCUGCAGAGCUUCCAGUAUGUGGCUCAGUAUGCGGCGGCUGCAUACUGCAACUCUGCAGAUUCCCUGACAGCAGGGACCCUUGUCUCAUGUGGCAACGAUGCUUGUCCAGACUUGGAGACCAACCGGGUGUUUUUGGAAGGCAUCUUGGAUGCCAAUGACGGUACGGGCACUGGUGGUUACGUAGGAGUGGACCCAGCACAGAAGGUCAUCAUUGUCGCCUUCAAGGGAACGGACAACGGCGCCUCUUUCGCCUACGAUCUAGAAGCUAUCACCACCGACACUCACUUGUGCGAUGGCUGCAUGAUCCAUGGAGGCUUCGCUACCUCAUUCGAUAAUAUGCACCCAGCCAUGACAAAUCUCGUUAAAUCUGCCCGCGAAAGCAACCCGGACUUUAGCAUCGUCACCACGGGUCAUAGCCUGGGAGCGGCCAUGGCCACGAUGGCUGGCGCAUGGCUCCGAGAGGACGGCUACCCCUGCGACAUCUUCACGUACGGAUCACCACGCAUCGGCAACGAAAAGCUCGCGAGUUACAUCUCGCAGCAGGCGGGCAACGAAUACCGGAUCACCCAUCUGAACGACCCCGUGCCACGCCUGCCCGGCCACUGGCUCGGCUACAGACACACGGACAUGGAGUACUGGCUGUCGACCGGCGAGGCUACCACCAUCGACUACGGCGUGUCCGACAUCCAGCUCUGUGAAGGAACCUACAACUCGAACUGUAAUGGAGCAGGAAGUAUGGGGACAGAUUAUACCCCCCACGGAUACUACUUCCGCAAGAUUGGAGCUUGCAAAAACACCUAG